AUGUCUGAGGAGGCCUCGAGCGGCCUCCAAAUGAAGAGUAAACGGGUUCUUCACAAGAACAACGGAUCUGGCGGCUCAAAUUCGUCCUCUAUUUUCUACCGCCUCAACCGACGAGCUUCCAAGGACUCUUCCGCGAGCUCGCACAUGUCCGAGGAGACUCCCAACUACCUCAGCCCUCAGCCGCCGGCGCCGGUUCCUAUCAAAAUUCUCAAGCACGGAGCCUUGAAGACUGACAGCCGUCUGUGGAAAUCGCGCGCCGAGUAUGUUGUCUUAACUGAUGGGCACCUCAUCAAAUUCAGCAGUGUCGAGUCAGCAAGGGCGAACUUUGCUGAGCUUGCCCCGCCGUCUCAGCGCCUGAAGAGGUCUUCGACGUCUUCCACUUUGAGUCAGGAUGGGCCACACUCUGAUGGUCGGGUCGAAAUUCCCCUGAGUAGGAUCGUCAACAUUUUCAACGAAGAGGGUGUAAGCCCUCACUUUGGGCUGGAUGUCUGGUGGUCCGAGACAUCGCCAAUGGUAUCUUGGGCUUGCACAAAGUUAUUCUUUGGAAUGCCUACUGAGCGAGACGAUUGGAUGUCGGAAAUUCGCCAUGCUAUUCGUGAGUCUGUGGGCUCAGCCGUUGUGCCAAAGGGGCUUAUUGCCCCCAACGUCGAGUCCGCCAUUUACAACAUCGUUGCCACACAAGAGCCCGCGUGCCGAGGCUGCCCUUUGGAUAUCUUUCCAGUCGUUCAACGCACCACCCUCCUCAGUACCAAAGCCGAGAACAUUGAAAAUGCCAAAAAGUCUCGUGACGGAUCAUCGUAUUACUUGCUUCUCGGCCAGAACAAGUGCUAUCUUGUGCGAGUUGCCAGGACUUCCGUGUACAAAGCCCCUCAGGAUAUCGAAAUCAACACCGUAGUUUUUGGCUUGACAUCUCUGGUCCGCUUGAAGGCGACUAUGGUCCCGCACGAGGAGCGGUUCGUGCUUGGAUUCCGACUCCCCUGUGAAAACGAGAAACGACUUGAGCUGGCUAGUCGGUGGUACAGAGAAAUCGUCAUGACGUUCAUGAAGGCAGAUCGAGCAGUGAAGCCUGCUUGGCCUCAACACAUGCAACGGCACAUUUUCGAUAUUAGGGGCCUGACGGCUCAAUUACUCCUUCCAACAGGUCAAGACUAUGGCGGACUCAAGCGCACCCUCGAGGCGUAUUGUGCGACGUUCCAGUGCAAGCCUCCUGAAUGGACUGUGAAUUGGAAGUGCGAACGCCGAGAGCACUGCCCAGAAUUUCGACUCCUCCCUGCGAAGGAAGCAGGUGGAUACACGGCACUUCAGCUUUUGGCAGUCUUCAAGGCCCUCCGCUUCAACGACUACUUCAAGGCUCUAUCGUUCCGUGACGUCGAUUUCUCGCCCCUUUGCGGCCUGACCGACGUUCCAGGAUGGGACGAGUCCAUAGCUGACAUUUCUCGCGAUGGGUUUGUCAUUGACCCCAUGCAUCGAGAUAUCAUCAAGACUGCCCCACUGUUAUCUCAGGAAAUUCACGCCGUUGCCUUCACCUCUGGUUCUGUCCGUAAGAUAGACUUAACCAACGUUCUGGCAUCGCGGAAUAUUGUCGGUGUUUCACGCGCUCGUGCCGGGACCAAGAAGGAUCCUGAGGUCGGAUAUAAGAUGGAGGCCCUCAAUACUUCUCGCAACAUUGGACAUGUGGACCACAUGGCGGUGAAGCAGAAUCUGGCUCAUUUCUACAACUUGCGAAAACUCGGCAUCGCGGGAAAUUGCCUCACUCAGGCCAAGGAUACCAUCUUCCUUGAUGAGACUAUCAUGGGAUGGGGCCUUGAGGAGCUGGAUCUCUCGCACAUCAACCUCAAUGACGCCACGUUGCAAGUCCUCGGCGACUACUUGAAGUCUUCACAAGCCGAUUAUCUCCGCAGGCUUGACCUCAACAACUGUGCAAUGACCGGUUCCCAAAUUGCCACUCUCUUUCGCAGCAUGGGUGAAGCAAGAGUGAUUACUUGCUCUAUCAGCGGCAACUAUCUCGAGAACGGCACGGACGAUUUGGUAUCUGCCAUUGUUGAUAACUUCGGGCCGACGUCCCUCUUCAUGGAUAUGGUUGAGUUUCAAAACGAAGACAACUAUAUAAAGCUCAUCAACGCGCUCUCGAUCAACAACUCGAUUCGACUGCUGAGCCUGGUGGGAACCUCGACCCCUGGACAAGUCAGCGAGGACGCCUGCAUGGCCGUGUCAGAGUUCUUUGCCACGAACAAAUCAGUUCAAUACCUCGACUUCUCUGGAUUCUCCGCUAAGCUCGACGAGGGUCAACUUGGCCUGGGCUUCUCGCGGUCACUCUCUGGACUCGCUGAGAACAAGACGCUGCGUCACCUGCGAAUCCGGAAUCAGAAGUUGAAUUUGAACAUCGGUGAUCUGGCACAUGCGAUCCAACUCAACCAGACCCUCACGACGCUUGACGUACAGGAGAAUAACUUCAAUCUGUCCAACUUGUCCCAUAUGGUCAGAUCUCUUGACCACAACAGCUCUAUUCAGGAAUUCUGCCCAUUCUCUCGGUCCGAGCUCAGCCGGGCCAUCAAGUUCAGCGUCCAGAACGUUGGGAUGCCAACGAGCCAGCCGACAUCGUCUCGAGCCCGCCGCGCGUCCAAGGUCCUUUCAAAGGCCACGUUUGACAACUUCGCAAUGGAAAUGGAUAAGAACAAUGCUCUCAUGGAGAACUUGAAGGACGAGUGGAGCGUCAAGACGGCUCAGAUUGAACGUCUUCUCGAGAGAAAUCGGACCUUGAGCUCUGAAAAGGAGAUGGCGAUUAUGCAGUGGGAUCCUCAAGUGGAAGGCCAGGAGGACUGGAUCGCCCUUGAGCUCGGCACUGUCUAUGGAGGCCUUGCCAUCAAGGCUAUGAAGACCCGACGCAAGAUUAUGCAGCCUGGCUACCGCGGCAGUGUAUACUUUGGCGCAAAUACUCCGCCUCUGGAGGGGAUGGAAGAGUUUGGCGCCUUGGCGGCUCCUCACCAUGUCACUCGCGAGGAAGUCAUGGAAAGCCCCGCGACAGAGGUCGCCAGCGGUUCCUCCGGCCUUCCGACGCCUCCCGAAUGGGCUCCUGCUGAGAGCCCUGUCAAGGAGUAUUCAAUUGCGUCCAGCGCACCACCGUCUCGCGAUGCACCUCGCAUCAUCGACGAGAACUCUGAUGAGUUCGACCUUUCUCUUCUCAAACAUAUGAUACAACAUGGAUUCAACCUCGACGAUUCGACGCAAGGUCAGGACCAGGACGUCGGCAGGAAAGCGGGGCCCUCAGUGUCGACAACCAGACUCAGAUGA